CAAAACACAACUUGGAAAUUGCAACCCACCAAACCUAAAUCAAAAGCCGUGUCUGUGUUUGCGUUUGUUUUCACUUUGCAAAUCACUGUGUUCCAAGGAGUCUGUUGGUUGAUUGAAGGGUAUGCGUGAAUUAUUAUAAACUUUCCGGUGUUUGAGUUCAAUUUUGUGUCCGUGUGCGUGAAUCUCCAUUUUUUACAGCCAUGAGCACGCUUGUACGAAACGCCACCCUCACCUUCAGCCGCAGAAACAGAUACGAGCUUCUUGGUCUGCAAGGCAAAGACAAGAUGGUCAAGUCCAUCAGCUACAGACGCAGAAGGGCAAAGCAAAGACAAAUCUUUCUCACAACCUACAAACUAUCUUCUUUGAACAGCAAUACUUUUGUUGAGCCACAAAAGCCUAAGCUGAAGCUGAAGAAGGUUGCUGUUAAGGUCAAGAAGAUUGUCACCUCGGUUUUGAUGUUCAUGCGAGUUGGUUCUUUCAGGUCCUGCGGUUCUAGGUCUCAGAUUUCUUCCACCUCACCAAAUAGGAAGAACUUUUGAGGAUGUUGUUCUGUCAUGGGUUUAGGAUGAUUUAUUUAUAAUUCCUCCCUUGCCUAUGCUCUUCUUCUCAAUCUUUGGUUCUUUCACUCUAGGAUUUAAUUAAGAAGAUUAAUAAGCAAGGGGUUUUAGUGUGUGUUUGUGAUAGCGUUAAAGGCGAUGCAAUGGAGAAGCAACCCCAGUUUGGCGUUUUCGUAUUGGAACGCAAAAUUUCUCCGUUCAACGUGGUUUCAAAGUGUUUUCAAACACAUUCUUACUAGUAUAUUUACAUGGUUGAUGAUGAAGGAUGGUAAAGGGGUAUCAAAUAUUCUGUAUAUAAAGCUUAAUCUAAUGUCUACUUGACUACUUUUACCACUUAAUUGCUAGGAUUUUUCUUUUAGCUAAAUAAUUUGCCCUGUUUCAACUUUCUUUUUAUUCGUGACUGUCUCAAGUUUCAUUUGA